UUAGCCUGUGAGCUGAAAACCAAAACAGAGGGGAUGUUUUUGUAUUAAAUCGUCAAGAAAUUGGAAAAUAUUUUAGAUAUAACUUUGAAUCUGUCCGGUCGACUUACCGGUUAUCUUUCCGUGUUUGUCAGACGACUGAAAAGUAGCUGAACUUCGACUAAGAUGGAGGACACUGGUGGUACCAGCGCAGAGUCUACAGCUCCAUCACCAGCAGGUGCAGCCAAGUCAAAGCUGGACACACUGUCCAAAGAUGACCUUAUCAAGUUUGCCAAGAAGCAGAUGGCUGCCAUGCAAAAGAUGAAGGGCAGGUGUGCAGAUUUGGAAAAAGAAGUUGAAUCCCUCAAACAGCAAUCCAAAAACAUUAACAGCAGUUCAGAUGACUCCACUCUGAUACAGGAGCUGACUGAGAGGAUGGAUGCCUUACUACUGGAGAAGGCAGAAACUCAGCAAAGUCUUACAUUGUCUGAUAAAGAACUAGAGAGGACUAAGCAACAAGCCAAGGAAGAUCUAGCGGUGCUGCAAGGGGAGCUUGACCAUGUAAUAAAAGAUCACCAAAGGAAGAUCAAGACCCUAGAGACCAGCAUUGAGGAAUCCAACAAUAAACACCAAGAAGAAGUGUCUUAUUUCCAGAAAUUACUGAAAGAACGUGAAGAAAGUGAAAGGAAGAGGGAGAGUGAAAGAGAGAGGGAGCACUUGGCUGAAAAUGCCAGCGCAAAAGAGAGCUCUGAAGAAGUCAGCCGUCGCUUAGAAGCUCAGCUGGAAACCGUUCGAGCUGAACUGGAAGCGAUCCAAGAGCGAAAAUCUCAGGAGAUCGAUGAGGUGCAGGAGAGCUACCAGAGGAAGUUGACUGAGGCCCAGCAGGAGGUGGAGAACCUGAAAGAGGAGCUGGUUCAGAAGAGUCUGCAGCACGAGGAGGAAAUGAGGGCUCUGGAAGAGGACUGUGAAAUGGAGAGGGAGCGUCUGAUGUUGCUCCACGAUGAGCUGACCGAGCAGCUCGCUCUGAAAGACAGCUACCUGCAGGAUGUGCAAGAGGAGGACGAGGAACCUGCCCGCGGUUCAGGGAUCGCCAAAAUGCUGGAGCUGUCUGGCUGCAGUGAGGGUGAUUCCUAUCCCGGUGAUGGAGAGGAGACCGAGACAGGAAGACUGAGUGCAGCCUUGGAAGAACUUCAAGCGCAGAACACCAUGUUACAGGAUGAGCUCACCUUGCUCAGUAAUGUGAAGGGUGAGCUUGAGGCGGACCUGGAGAGGAUUAAGGAGGAGUUCCAGAUGGAGAGAGAAGAGCUGGAGUUCAAAAUCAAUGAAUUGCAGCUGAACCGGGAAGGUUCUUCCAGUGACCAAGUCAUAGGCGUGCAUCCUGACCAACAAGAAGUCCAAGGGGAGCUCCAGCUACAGAGUGAAGCACACAAAGAUAAAGAGGACUCUCUCCCAUAUGAAUCAAAAGAUUCUACUAUCAGUCCUGGGGACCAAAACCUCUUGAAUGCAGAGGAGCUUAAGGCCCAGUGUGAGGCCUUGACCAGAGAGAGAGACUCUGCCCUGGCUGAGUGUCAACACAUGAGAAACAUACUGCAAGGUUUUGAGACUGAACUGGGUGAGAAGACAAAAGAUUUUGUUCUUCAGUACAAAGCCAUGAAGGAGCAAGGGGCCAAUACUGUACGGGAGCUCCAAGACAAAAUCAAAGAACUUAGCCAGGAGAGGGAUGAUCUGUCUGAGAGGGUGAAAGCGGUUACAGAGGAGAAAAACACUGUGAUGAAGAACGUAGAAGACCUGAAUCUGAAACUUGAAGGUUCCACAGGUGAGGGCCAGAAACUCCAGUACUCUGUGGAGGAACAAGCAGCUUUAGCCUGUGAGUUGAAGCAAUCUGUGGAGGAACUGACCAGGCAGAACGAGGAGAUCCUCUCCCAACUGCAGAUGAAGGAAAAUGUGACUCAAGACUUAAAAGAGACAGUCAACAUGCUAACUGAAGAGCGAGACAAAAUACAUUCCCAGCUUAAGCACAGAGAAGAGGAAAUGCAGAUGCUGAACGAGAGAGCGAAAGAAAUUGAGAAACUGCUGGAAGAGAAAGAGAAGGAGUUGCAAAGCUUGACAAAAGAGAAGGAGGCUGUAGUGCAACAUCUUAAAGAUGAGAGGGAAAACACACAGAGCCUGAAAGAGGAGAUGGAAAGAAGGCAGGAGUCAGUUUUGGCUUUAGAGCUGGCCAUCAAAGACCUCUCCACAGAAAAGGCUGACCUCCAUCAGAAAUUGGAAGAGGGAUCUUCCAAAGCCCAGGAAGCAAGGGAGCUUUUGGGCUCAAAGCUGGCAGCCCUGGAGGCUCAGCUAGAGCUGGAGACAUCUCAAAAGAAUCACCUCGAGUCAAAGUUGAAAUCUUUGGCAGAAGAGGCAGAGCAGGCCCGUGCCACCAUCAGAGUGCUAGAGGAAAAUCAGUCAGAGAUACUCAGAAACUCCUACGAAGGAGUAGAGGAGCUCCAAGCACGCGUGGAUGAGCUGGAGAAGGAGAGGAGCCUGUUGAGGAGCAGUCUUGAGGAGGCUCAAGGGGUGAUAACAUCAGAGGAGGUGCAACGGGAGCUCCAGGCUCGUAUCACAGACCUGGAACAGGAGAGGAACAUGUUGAAAAAGAACCUGGAGGAGGUGGUGAAGGAUGCCGAAGGCCUGCAGAAAGACCUGGAGGAUAUGAAGUCAGCCAAUGAGAAGGUUAAUGAGGAGAACAAGAAACUGCUGGCUCACAUUUCCCUCGUGACUCAAGAGAAGGAGGAGACGGAGAAAGGGGAAAUGGAGAAUGUGGAGAAAGAGAGAAGAGAGCUCAAAGACCAGCUGACGGAGAAGGAUUCCCUCAUCUCUCAGUUGAGGACCGAGAUGGCUUCUCUCCAGGAGUCUGCCGCACAGUCUGCGUCAUCUGAGGAAAAUGCUGCGAGUGAGAUCACAAAGAAAAUGGCUCUCCUGGAGAAAGAGCACAAAGAAAAGGAUGAGAAGAUGAACAAAAUCAAGGCAGUCGCCAUUAAAGCGAAGAAGGAGCUGGACAUUAGUAAGAAAGAGGUUGCAACCCUCAAAGAGGAAGUAGAAUCCCUGAAAGCAGAGAGAGAGAAAGUGAGCAGCUCCAUGAAAGAUAUCAUCCAUGGUGCUGAAGGCUACAAGAACCUGCAGAUAGAUUACGACAGGCAGACGGAGCAACUGGAUAAGGAGAGAGAGAAGGCGGAGGAGGCCGAGAGACAGAUCGCUGAGCUGACCAAACGACUCAGCAGUGCUGUCACACAGACGGAGACACUGAGCAGUGAGAAGGAGGACCUGCUGGCUAGUGUGGAGACCAUGAGGAACACAGUGAGGCAGCUGGAAGCCCAAAACCAGGAGCUGCAAAGACAGUCCGCCAGUCUGGACAGAGACCUGCUGGCCGAGAGAACUAUGAAAGAACAGAAGAUCAAGGACUUGUCAUCUGCCAAGAAGGAGGUAGAAGAGCUGACAGCCCAGCUCCGCAAGCAGCAGCAGCAGUCUCAGCAGACUGCCCAGGAGUUGGAGCAGCUACGCAAGGAGGCACAGCAAAGCUCUCUACUGGACAUGGAGAUGGCCGACUACGAACGCCUGGUGAAAGAACUCAACGCCAAACUCUUAGAUAAAGAUGAGCGUGCUGAGGAGUUAAAGGCCCAGAUAAACACACUGACCCAGAAGGAAGACACCCUCAAUCAAGAAAUCGAGGCUUUGAAGUCCCAGCUGGACCAGGGGGAGGAGAAGACCUCCAAGAUGAAACAGCUGCUGGUGAAGACCAAAAAAGACUUAGCCGAUGCCAAGAAACAGGAGAGCUCCCUCCUGGUGCUGCAGGCUUCUCUGAAAGGAGAGCUGGAGGCUAACCAACAGCAGCUAGAAAGCUCCAAGAUCGAGGUGUGCGAGCUGGCGGCCGAGCGCCAUCGUCUGCAGGAGCAACUGAGGUCUGCGUUGGAACAGCAACAAAGAACCAGCAGCUCCCUGCAGCAACACAUCAACAGCUUGCAGCAGGAGAGAGACACUACUAAGGCUGAGCUUAUGGCAACGGCUGGGGAGUUUGAGAGUUACAAGGUGCGAGUACACAAUGUGCUCAAACAGCAGAAGAGCAAGACGACUGCCCAGGGUGAAGGAGACUCCGGCAAAUUUGAGAGGGAGCAGUUGUCCUCUCGGGUAGAGCAGCUGAGGUCCAGGCUGGCAGAGAGCCAGCAGAGCCUCCAGAGCAGCACAGCAGAGCUGCAGCAGCUCCAGACCGAACACGACACUCUGCUGGAGAGACACAACAAAAUCCUCCAGGAAACAGUUUGCAAGGAGGCUGAGCUCCGUGAGAGGCUGAUGUCGGUGCAGUCGGAGAACGUGGCUCUGCGGUCAGAUCUGUCCCAGGCUCAGGCCGACCUGUCUUCCCAGGUCGAGGCCCAGCGCCAGAUCUACAGGGAGCAGAUGAGGAAGCUGCAGGACGACCACCGGGCCACUGUGGAGACCCUGCAGGGCCAGCUGACCCGCGUCGAGGAGCAACUCUUCAACCUGCAGAGCCAGAACAGUUCUGUGUCGAUCCAGUCCGGCCGUAAGCCGCUGUCCUCAGACCCCCAGCGUAGAAGUGCAGAUCAGAACCACGCGGGACUGGGACUAAUGGCCCUCAACGACCUCCAGUCUAUGGCCAGGGAGGAGGGCGAGGGCAUGGAGACCACUGAGACGGAGAGCUCCUCUCCUGCUCUUACGCCGUUGCUCUCUCUGGAGCAGCUUCUCACGUCCCCAGACCCAAAACAAGAGCCAUUUGUGUGGACGGUGGAGCCUACCAAAGAAGAGCUAAGUCAAAAGCUGAGCACAGCCACCCGCAGUAUGGAGCAUAUGAACAGCCUCCUACAUGAAACUGAGGCCACCAAUGCGGUUCUCAUGGAGCAGAUCACUUUGUUAAAGAGUGAAGUGCGGCGUCUAGAGCGAAACCAGGAGAGGGAGAAGAGCGUGGCCAAUCUGGAGUACCUGAAGAACGUCCUGCUGCAGUUCAUCUUCCUGCAGUCUGGCAGCGAGAGGCAGGCGCUUCUGCCCGUCAUUCACACAAUGCUGCAGCUCAGUCCGGAGGAGAAAAGCAAACUGGCUGCCAUUGCGCAUGGUGAGGAAGAGGGGUCCGGGGCUCGGGGCUCAGGUUGGACCUCGUAUCUCCACAGCUGGUCUGGGAUCAGAUAGACUUGAUGAUCAACCAACCCAACAAAAACAAUAGAAGCACAGCGCUAAGACGUUACUGGGCCUUAUUUUCUGUGAAAACCUGUACUAAGCAGUGAUGCAGUACAUUCGAAAUGCUGGCAAACGUGUGAUGUUAACUGGGGCAUUUACAUCAUUUUGGGAACUCAAAUGAAGGGCCCGAGGAAUGUAUCAGAAAAGAAUGGCAGCGUGUGGUAGAGAUGAAACCAAAACAUUCGACACGAAUAUUGAUUUGAGUUUGCAGUGCAAUAGUUACAUUAGUCUCUUACCAAUGAAUGUUAACUGUGAAAAAUGUCCGUCUUCCUUACUAUUGACAUUGUAUUUACAUUUACUGGACAUGAGGGUUACACCUACUUGAAGUGGAGCUCAUAUGGCAUUAAAAGGCAUCAUUAGCACUAUGAAAAAUGUCCGUGGAUAUAAUACAUUAUGUUUAGGUUAUGUUACAAUCACAUUGUAUAAUGCACAUAAGGUGCACAAAUUGUGGCAGGAGGAAUUAAUCAAGGGGUGCAGUUAAUGACAUGAGAUUACUUGAUUAUAGUUUUCAGUAGUAGUAGUACUCUGUAGUGCAGUACACUUAAAGGACUAUACUCGAGUUUGAGCUUUUUUUAAUACAAAUCACACCUGCUUUUUGUGUCUUGUGAAUAUUUUUCAAGGGCAUACUGAAGCGUUUUUACUACCUUAGUGGCAGCCAUUUUUUCCCCAUUCCUUGCAGUAUGAAAAUUAAGUUGUUAAGUUGUUACUAGUUGUUGCCUGGAAGGUAGAAAAAAGACAUUAAGAAAAUGCAGCAUGCUUUAGAAAACAAUCAGCAGCAAUGUUAAAUACAUGCUAAACCUCCUGUAUGGUCCGUUUAAGUCUUUCAAGUACAAAGGAGUGCGUUUCUACUUUCUCAGGUUCACCUGACCAAGGUGACUGAACAUUAUCAUAAUAUCAUUUAUAUAUUUAUACUACUUCUGCAGUUGUUCACUAAUGCCUCACAUUCUGAAAUCAGGAGCAGUUUAAUUUUCAAUCCAUGGGUUUUGAUUAAUUAUAUCCUGUACUGACAGUUGGUUUCUGAUUUUGUUCUGGUUACUGUGUAAUUGGUUGUUACUGUUUGUUGUGGUUGUUAUUAUUAUUUAAUGCCAAACUGUUAUUGUAGUUCUGUAUUUUGUCUUGUACUUUUUGGUUUUGUCAGUUGUGCUGUUGUUUGAAGAUUUGUUGCAACUCCAUCUGCAAGGCUGUCUUGUUGAAGGACGGCCACCAUGAAAGCAAGAACAUCCACCCUGCUAAAGUGUCCUUGAGCAAGACUCCCAAUCAGACCCAUGGGUGCUGCAUUUAAUGUGUCUUACUAUGACCUCUGACCUCCCUGUGGAGGUGGGGAAAAGAAAUUUACUGCACAGAAGUCCCCCCUCCCUGUUAAACACACAUCCACCUGCUCUUACGUUGAUUUAAUGUAUUUUUGCUUGUGUCCUACCAAUGAUGAAGUUAACUGUUAAAUUUCUCAUUCCAGUGGCAGCUUUUUGUGAUUCCUUAAGCAAGUGAAUGUAUUUUUAUCAAAGGGGUUUAUAUUUAUGAUGGUUAAUGUGAGCAGACGCUAGUGUAGAAUCUUAUCUGUAUAAGAAUGAAAGAGCGUUUAAUGUGUGUUAACUAAAUCACUGCAGAGCAAUUUAUUUCAAAGGCAGUUCUUGUUUUUUCCUGGUUAUUUCCAACUGUAAACUAAAAUAAAGUCAGCGUGGAUUAGAA